UUAACUUAAAUGCGAAUCUACAUAAUUACGAGCGAGGGAAUUCUAUUCAAUUUCAAUAAAAAAACUUGCAACUCUUGUUACCGAGGCAAGGUGAAGAAACGCGCGUGAAGUGUGAUGCGUAUUUAAGUUACGUCGCUACGCGGCGGUCCUCAGCCCACGUUGUCAGAGCCACUGAUUUGUGAUAAAGUCAUUGAUAAUUUUAUUAAAUAGUUCAUCUUGUUGCUAUCGUCGCACAUUACGUUGUUGACGGUAGAGAGGUUGUUUAGUGUCGGUCUCUCGUGCGAAUGAAAUCAACGGUAAACCUCGAGGACGUAGUGAAUAAAUUAGACAACCACGCACUACCUCUAACUACCAGGAUGCCGAACAUCAAAGUUUUCAGUGGAAGUUCACACCCGGACUUGGCACAGAAAAUCGUGGAUCGCCUCGGCAUUGAUUUAGGAAAGGUGGUGACAAAAAAAUUUAGCAACAUGGAAACAUGCGUCGAAAUCGGCGAAUCCGUGCGCGGUGAAGAUGUCUACAUAGUUCAGAGUGGCAGUGGUGAAAUCAACGAUAAUUUGAUGGAGCUUUUAAUUAUGAUAAAUGCCUGCAAAAUUGCAUCAGCGUCGCGAGUGACCGCCGUCAUACCUUGUUUCCCUUACGCGCGUCAGGACAAAAAAGAUAAGAGUAGAGCUCCAAUUACAGCUAAACUCGUCGCCAAUAUUCUCUCGGUGUCUGGUGCUGACCAUAUCAUCACUAUGGAUCUUCAUGCUUCCCAAAUACAAGGAUUUUUCGAUAUACCUGUGGAUAACCUCUUUGCUGAACCAGCUGUGUUGAAAUGGAUAAAAGAAAACAUUCCUGACUGGAAAACUAGUAUUGUAGUGUCUCCAGAUGCUGGUGGUGCUAAAAGGGUUACAUCCAUUGCAGAUCGUUUGAAUGUAGAAUUUGCUCUCAUUCAUAAAGAAAGGAAAAAGGCCAAUGAGGUGGCUUGUAUGGUGUUGGUUGGUGAUGUGAAGGACCGCACAGCAAUUCUGGUUGAUGAUAUGGCAGAUACAUGUGGCACUAUAUGUCAUGCUGCAGAAAAGCUAAUUGAAGCAGGUGCUGUAAAAGUGUAUGCUAUUCUUACACAUGGCAUAUUUUCGGGGCCAGCGAUUUCGAGGAUCAAUAACGCAUGUUUAGAAGCAGUUGUGGUAACAAAUACGAUUCCUCAAGAAAGGCACAUGCAGGAGUGCCCCAAGAUCCAGUGUAUUGAUGUGUCAAUGAUGUUAGCAGAGGCUGUGAGGCGUACACACAAUGGGGAAUCUGUAUCAUAUCUCUUCUCUAAUGUUCCAUAUUAGUUUUUAUAUUUUUAUUUUACUUAGUUUGUAGAAUUGUUUA